AUGCCCAAAGCCACCACCAGCAAGAAUACCGUCACCAAACACAAGUUUACCGUCGAUUACUCCAAGCCCGCUGCUGAUGGAGUUUUUGACGGUGCGGACUUUGAGAAGUUCCUUCACGAUCGUAUCAAGGUUGAAGGAAAGGCUGGCCAACUGGGCGAGAGUGUCAAGAUCGUCCGUGAUGGUAACACAAAAAUCACCGUGACGUCCAGUAUUCCCUUUUCAAAACGAUACCUCAAGUACCUCACGAAAAAGUUCUUGAAAAAGAACACCCUCCGCGACUGGAUUCGUGUUGUUGCAUCAUCCAAAGACAACUAUCAGCUGCGCUUCUACAACAUCGCGGCUGGCGGUGAAGAAUCUGAUGAGGAAUAG